ACCAGCUACUGAACAUGUCAACAGAGUUCCAGGAUGCUCACCUUGCAGAGGUGAAACCUCUGGUGGAAAAGGAGGAGGCCAUCACUCGCCUCCUUCCAGACUUUGAUGUCCAGGAGCAAGAUGUAGAGACUGUGCAUGGGUCGGUCCAUGUCACCAUGUGUGGGACUCCCAGAGGGAACCGCCCAGCCAUCCUCACCUACCAUGACAUCGGGCUGAACCAUAAAACUUGCUUCAAUCCCCUCUUCAACUUUGAGGAUAUGCAGGAAAUCACCCAACACUUUGCAGUCUGCCACGUGGAUGCACCUGGUCAGCAGGAUGGAGCACCAUCUUUCCAAGCUGGGUACAUGUAUCCCUCCAUGGAUCAGCUGGCUGAAAUGCUUCCUGGAAUCCUAAAACAGUUCGGGCUGAAGAGCAUUAUAGGAAUGGGAACUGGAGCUGGUGCCUAUAUCUUAACCAGAUUUGCUCUAAACCACCCAGAGAUGGUGGAGGGAUUAGUUCUUAUUAAUGUAAACCCUUGUGCUGAAGGUUGGAUGGACUGGGCAGCAACUAAGAUUUCAGGUUGGACAAAUGCUUUACCAGACAUGGUCAUUUCACAUCUUUUUGGAAAGGAAGAAAUUCACAGCAACCAUGACCUGAUCCAUACUUACCGUCAGCAUAUUAUUAAUGAUAUGAAUCAAACCAACCUUCAUCUCUUUGUCAACUCUUACAACAGUCGUCGAGACCUGGAGAUUGAGCGCCCUAUUCCUGGAAUAAAUGUUGUCACCCUUCAAUGCCCUGUCCUGCUGGUGGUUGGUGACAGUUCCCCGGCGGUGGAUGCUGUGGUCGAAUGCAACUCAAAGCUGGACCCAACAAGGACCACACUUCUGAAGAUGGCUGACUGUGGUGGGCUCCCUCAAGUUUCCCAGCCUGCCAAGCUUGCAGAAGCUUUCAAAUACUUUGUUCAGGGAAUGGGAUACAUGCCCUCUGCUAGCAUGACCAGGCUGAUGAGGUCCCGCACUGCAUCUGGCUCCAGUGUAACCUCUUUGGAAGGACAGAGGAGCCGGUCUCACACCGGAGAAGGCACAAGGAGCAGGUCUCACACCGGGGAGGGAACGAGGAGCCGAUCCCACACCGGGGACGGUGCCAGGAACCGCUCCCACACAGACACGCGCAUUGAGCUGACGCCCAACUCGGCAAGCAACGCUGAACAAUCAAGCCCCAAGUCCAUGGAGGUGUCUUGUUAGAUGGCUGUGGGAGGUUUAAACUGGCCACAGUGUGAAAAAGUAAUGGAUGCCCCCUGUGUAUCACAAAAAAAAACAUAACUGGUAUUAAUCUCAAGCUAUUCUGUAAGAUGAACUCUGUUCACCAGGGUCUGACAGGGACCAAAGAAAAGAAGCAUCUCAUUUGCUCUAUCAUUAUUCUUGUAACUCAGACAGUUGCUGCUAUUGUGCCCUCCUUCAAUGGAUGCCAAAUUCUAAAGGAUACUUGCCAAAAGCUGAUGUGGUUGUAAACACUUCAGAGUCAGACCAGACUUGCUUAAUAUCCUCCUUUAAAAUCAAAGCUGUUACAUGCCCCUUUAUCUCCUAUUCUCUUGAAGUAAACUGGCACAAUUUGAGAUGAGUUUCAAAGAGGGGGAGAAAAAAAAAUCACCAUUAUGGAUGGCUUUUAAAGAAGGAAACAAAACAAAUGUGUUAUGGCCUCUUAUUGAAGCUGGAGUUGAAUUCAUUGUAAAUAGCUUGACUUCAAAUGAUAGAGAUGUUAAUGUAUCGUGCAUUUAUAGGCCUUCUAAUGCAUUAGUACUCAA